UAAGGAAUGUCUGUCAAUUAAGUCCGUCUGAUUGCUCGACAAAUACGGAUAUAUCUUUAUCGCGCGAUAAAAGGAGUCUAAAUGCACGAUUUACGUAACAUAUAUUUCAGAUGAAAAUAUUUCAUAUCUACAAUAUCUUAUCCCUUCCUAAAAAAAGCGUGUUACCUGAGUGAAUUUCGUUCGUAUACAGUCACGCGACAGUUUUUUAAAAAUGUUAAGACUGUCGUUAUAGAAGUGUGAAAGAUUCCUCUUGGUAAAGGAGAAAUGGAAAAAGAAAAGAGAAACGAAAGAGAGAACCGAUUAAAGAAGAAAACAGGAAAAAAUUAGGUAAAGUAAGAGAGAGAGAGAUAGAGAGAAAGAGAUAAAGAAGUGCGUGCAUUUGUGCAUGCAUUAAAGAUUGGCCGGUUGGCGCGGGAAAAAGAAGGGGAAAGAAAAAUUCCAAGAUAGUGGGGAGUAUCGGAGCAAUCAGAACAAUUCGACAGUUCCGAUGACGCAUCUUGUCCCUGGAACUGGAUGCAUGAGAAGUCGCGCGCAUUUCGCGCCGCUCGAUCGACUCAUUAAUUCCUCACCCGUCGUUGCUUCACGUCGCGUUGAAAAUCGGGAAGAAUUUGUGCGCGGUGCACGAGCGUUAGCGGAUUUUAAUUGAGUUAAUUUGCUCGCCGACUGGCCGCUCCGACGUCACGUGGAAUCGAACACGUGCGGCCUUUGUCGUCAUCGCCGUCGUCGUUCGCAAAUCCUCGAGCUAAGAUCGCUUAAGAAGUCAUCCAACACCAUGGACACCUUCCUCGGAGCAUUCUUUGUCACGAGCGUCCUCGCCGCUGGCAGCUGCUCUGACCUGAACCUGGACCUAGGCACUGUCGUCUUCGCGAACCUUCUGUACAGAAAUGGGGACAGGACUCCCAUUGCGCCUUACAAAAACGAUCCUUAUAACAACGAGUUGUUCUGGCCGAUUCCAUAUGGAGAACUGACGAACAUUGGGAAGCUAGAACAUCUACAGCUUGGACGCUGGCUGAGGAAACGGUAUUUCAAUUUUUUAAGCGACGUCUACUCGCCGUACGAGAUCUACGUCCAAAGUACCGAUGUAGAUCGUACCCUGAUGUCGGCCGAGUCAAAUCUCGCUGGGCUCUAUCCGCUAGUAGAAAACCAAGUGUGGGACGACGAGAUCCGGUGGACGCUAAUCCCCGUGCACACCAUUCCGGCGAAACAGGACUAUGUGUUACAGGCGAGCCAGUACUGCCCGCGAUACCAAUACGAGCUUGAAAACCUCCUAAGGUUGCCGGAAAUCGAACGCAUCAAGGAAGAGAACGCGGAUCUGUUCACCUACUUGACUGAGCACUCCGGGGACAAAAUAAAUUCGUUUAAAAUGCUCAAGCAUCUAUACGAUGUUUUAUAUAUCGAGUCAUUGUACAACAAAACUCUACCGCAGUGGACAAAAUCGGUGUUUCCAGAGAAAAUGAAAUCUCUCGCUGCAUUUAGUUUCAUGACAGAGGCCUACAACACGAUACUUCGAAGGUUAAAAACAGGUCCACUACUUGGAGAAAUGAUAGAUCACAUGAGUAAGAAAAUGCAACACAUCUUACAACCUGACAGAAAGAUAUGGAUGUAUAGUGCUCAUGGUGAAACCAUCGCGAAUUUGCUUAUGACUUUGAACAUAUUUGAGCCUCACUGUCCACCUUACGCUGCUAUAGUUCUCAUAGAAUUAAGAACAAACUCGAAAAACCAGUAUUUUGUAACAGUUUCUUAUAAAAAUACCACUGAAGAACCGAUAAUCUUAACGUUACCAGGUUGCACUACGUUAUGUCCUUUAAAUGAAUUUAUUAAUUUAACGAAAAAUGUUGUACCUGAAGAUUGGGAGAAAGAAUGUUGGAAUGUUUUAAUGAAUGACAUAAGUUCAAAAAGUGACAUAAGUUUCAGCGAUGUAAUCGGUUUAUUGGCUCUAACAAUCGGCUUUAUGUACUGGUAUAAAAGAAGAGAACACAGACGUGUGCAUGAGAUACGUACGUAUCAGAUACGUACGUAUCAGGUAUAUAUGUAAAAGAGAAAAAAAAAGCUUUAAGCCUAUUACACGAGAAAGAAGAAAAAAGAUAUG